UACGUUGUCUCCAUGGAUCCACAGUACUUCAGGCAAAGGCAUCAGUGGGAAGCAGUUUUGUAGAAUGUUGGGGUGUUUGUUUAUGGUGUAUGAUAGAUGCCUUCAAUUUUUUUCUAGAUACUAAUUGAUGAAUUCGAUCGUUUAGAUCCCAAACGAGGCAGCGUUUAUUAGCAACUAAACACUGAACAGAACCAUUUAAAUGUUAAAUAUCACAUUUCCUUUUUAGUAUCACAGUAUUUUGUAGAAUAUAUGUGUAUAGAUCUAUAUACGUAUGUAUGCAUAUGCAUAUAUAUAUAUAUAUUUAUAAAACUCGCACGAACAAUUAGAACAUGGCUCCGCGAUGCGACUUCCCAACAAGAAUCAGGGGGGAAAAUGAUCGUUCCUCGGUGGUGGCGGCAGCGGUGGCGGCGACGACGACGACGACAACGUUUCGAUCGUGCAACACUAGUGCUGUGUUAAGUAUGUCUGUGCUCUAUAUAUUUUUUUGGUUCUGCUGCCUUCGAAGAACUACCAGAAUCGAUGGGUGUUUGUGGAAUCCACACAAAAUGUCAUAUUUAGUUCGUACAAACUACAGUUGGCAGAUCAAGAUCGAACGCCAUUACAGAGGACCGCCGGGUCAACGUCAUUUUCAUGCGUUUCUUGUAAAUAUUCACUGAACCUGGCCGAAUCGGAGCUCAUGCAGACAAACUGAGGUACGGACGCGACUAUCCAAACGAUCAACGGAUUAUAUUACGAGCUAUUCCUACCGAUACUCCAUUUUUUUUUCUCAGCAACUUACGAGAAAACUACUCAGACUCACUCUAACACGAUCAACUUUGGGGGGUCAUUUCAACAUUACGCAUGCGCCCUCUCCAUUUCCGAUACUCCUCAUUUGCGUACGAAAAUAACCAUAGAUAUUUUGAAAUCGGUCUUUCUGAAUGGACACAUUGAGCAAUCAGCAGGUGAAUUAGCAAACUAUCGAAGCCGAUCAUCCACUAACGAACCACACACGUUUACCCCAUCAACAAAAUCAAUUGCUGCUCAGCACUCAGAAUUACUAGAAAGGCGUGGUGAAUCAUAUGUAAACUUUUGAAAAAUGUAUUCAGCACUCUCCAACGCGGACCGGGCAAACCUUGCCCGAUGGAUGAUUCAAACAUUUAUAAAAUCAAAAAUGAUUUUGAUAGAGGAUGCUGAAAUAUUGGAAUCGUUCCGAUUUCCUAUUGUUGGAAACGCUUCUCCAAUAGGAAAUACCAUGCUUGCUGGGGGGGUAGCCAGUGUGUUAGGAAUAUUUUGUGCGGCACGGUACAAUUCGUAUAUUGGAUUAGGGGCUUCAGUAAUGCCCAUCUUUGGGAAUUAUGCCUAUCGAGGGUAUUCGAUGUAUCGUAUGAACAAUAUCAAGAAUUGUACAUGCAAAUUAAUUAAUACUCUGCAGAAAACCUUUUUACUCAAUCUUAACGUGCAAAAUUAUUCACAUCAUAGACAAAAUAAAUUGAAAAUGAUGAAGUCUGCCGACGUAAAGGAGAUCGUAGAGAAUUGUGAUGUUAAAUUCUAUAAGAUUUAUAAACAAAAUUUGCUCCUUAUAGUUACAAAUAUGCAAGAAGCAUUGCAAGAAAUAACCAAAGAUAUUCCAUCGCUUGCCUUCUACUAUCGUACUGUAAGCGAUUAUAAUAUCGAAAUGAUAGAAUUUAGCAUCACAGCUGAAGAGUUUCUCGAAGAAAUAAAAACUCUUCAUGAUCUAUAUUGCUUAGUUUCGUCGGCAUUUUUGACAUGCGCUGGUAUUGCUAUAAAAAUUUUCUGUGUUGAUGUUACUAUCUACAAAUAUGUGGAGGAAAUUGUUCCAAAAAUCCGAAAAACUCUUGAGUUGAUACAUGAAAAGUCGGAACAAGAAUAUUACCAAUUUAGGGCAGUAUCGACUAUUAAUGUUUACUACGAAGCGGUUAAUGAUACUAACAAAUGGGCAGAGCCACUGAAAUCGCUUGGCAUGCAUUGCAAAUUGGUUUCAGAUAUUUCAUCAGCAUUGCUGAUGUGCAAUGAUGAAGAAACUGUGUCUGAUUCAGUUAAUGUGUUGCGAAAUGAAUUAACAUCUGCAACUGAAAGCUUGAAUGAUUUGGUAGGUGUGGUAGGGAGGAAAAGACAGGUUCAAACACGUCCGGCAAGUACAGAUACAGAAUCUUCUUUCAUGACGGCAGUAGCGCAAUCAGACGAGACAGAAGAAGAGACUGAGCCAAAUACUUUUGAAGCGACGGGGGAAUUUGAAAGUUUUUAUACUAUUGAGGAGGAACCUACUUCAAGUAUAGAAGAAGAUACUAAUAUCAAAAGAACUCGUAUUGCAGUAGUGAGAGAGCUCAAAGAAAAAUUACAAAUGAUAAAUGCUGCAAGAGGGAUUACGAGUGAGCAACCACCGCCACCGCCUUUGCCAUCAGAUAUUUUAACUUUAAAUAUACCUUCAGAUAUCAGAAUUGCUAACUCCAACAAUUCUAUAUCAUUGUCGGAGGCGGUUUCGGCCAUAGCUAGGCAUAUGAACCGAACCGAGGAUACGUUCGGAGAUGAAAACUGAUUUUUUUUUUCACAAUUUGUAAAUUAUCAUAUUAAAUUAGAAGCGAGGGCUGCAGAUGAGAAAACACCUGGAAAAAUAUGAACGUGAGAAAGUACGCUUUCAAUUCACUCCAGUUGCUAUCUCUACCGAAGUUAUAUAGACCACCCGCUGGAAUAUAUGGAUCUGCACGAACUUAAUUUAAAUUGUAGUAAAUUUCAAUUAUUCCAAGGUGCCAAUUGUAAACCUUAAAUUCACUACUUUUUAACUUAUACUUGUUAUUAAUCUAACGUUAUAUAUUUUUUUAAGUUAUAUAUAUGUGUCUAUGGUCGCCUGUAUUAUUUAUUUAUUUAUCA